AUGGGUACUUCAUGCACCAAAGGGCAUCAUAUGAUCACUACACGCAAGGCGAAGAAACAUCACUUAUCACUUGUUGCUCAUAGCAGCAAAGAUACUUUGAGGGAACGAAACAAUAUUAAGGAAGAACUUGAGUCACCUCAUUUGCUUGCAGCAAUGCAGGAGGAAAUCAAUGCUUUACACUCUAACAAGACAUGGAUAUUGGUUCCCAAAUCUCCUGGUAGCAACCCAUCGCAUGUCUCAGAAUUGGUUCGACAACUUGGGAAAAAAUUUGCCAUGAAAGAUCUUGGCCCUUUACACUUCUUUCUUGGAGUUGUGGUUAAGUAUUUUAAUGGGAGUAUACACUUAAGCCAGAGUAAGUAUGUCUCUAAGCUGCUAGACAAUACUGAAAUGACUUUUUCAAAGGUUGUAGCCACUCCUUUGGCUCCAAAACAUGGUCUACAUGAAUCUGUAGGAAGCCUUGUUGAAACAUCCUUUUAUAAAAUGAUAGUAGGGAGCCUUCAAUACUUGAUUCUCACAAGACCAGAUAUUACACAUGUUGUGAAUUUAGCAAGCCAAUUUAUGCAAAAUCCAAACAAUGGACAUCUUCAAGGUGUAAAAAGGAUUUUCAGGUUGUAUGGAUACUCAGAUGCUGAUUGGGGAGGUUGUACCACAACUAGGAGAUCUACUACAGGCUAUAGCAUCUACCUAGGUGCAAACUGUAUUUCUUGGACCUCCAAGAAACAGUCCACAAUUGCUCGCUCAAGUGCUGAAGCCGAGUAUAGAGCACUUGCCUCCACUGCCUCAGAGAUGACAUGGAUCAUGCAUCUACUUCAUGACCUUAUGGUAUUUCUUCGAUCUAUACCUACAUUGUAUUGUGACAACAUGAGUGCUUUGUACAUGAUAGUUAAUCCAGUUAUGCAAGCUAGAACUAAACAUGUUGAAAUGGACUAUCAUUUUGUUCGUGAGAAGGUGGUCAGAGGACAACUUGUUACUCAGUUUGUGAGGUCUAAGGAUCAACUAGAAGAUAUUCAAACAAAAGAACCAAACAUGUUUUUGCUAAGUUUCGUCACAAGCUAG